AUGGCCGACGUCGGUGUUCACCGGCUGAUGGCUCGCGCGGACGACCCGUCGACUGCGUCGCCCUCAGCGUCAGGAUUGGUGACGACCCUCGUUCCUGCCUUGUUGUCUUUCGCCGUGAUGGUGAUUCUGUUCAUUAUCCUGCGAAAGACCAAUCGCAGGAUGUACAUGCCCCGAACCUACAUUGGAUACCUGCGAGGCUGGGAGCGCACCCCCGAUACCCCGACCGGCUUGGUGGACUGGAUCAAGGCCAUGUACAAGCUUCCCGAUACAUACGUUCUGCAGCACCACUCGAUGGACGCCUAUCUGCUGCUCCGAUUCCUGAAGAUGUGCUCUAUCUUGCUGUUUGUCGGCUGCUGCAUGACUUUCCCGGUGCUGUGGCCCGUCAAUGCUACCGGUGGUGGUGGUCAGACGCAGUUGAACAUGCUGUCUAUUUCGAACAUUGGCAAGAAUUCGUAUGCGCGCUACUUUGCGCACUGCUUUAUCUCCUGGAUCUUCGUUGCGUUCGUCUUCUUCAUGGUUACUCGCGAGCACAUCUUCUAUAUCAACUUGCGCCAGGCUUACCUACUCUCUCCUGCCUAUGCCAAUCGCAUUUCGUCCCGCACUGUUUUGUUCACUGCGGUGACUUCUGAUCUCCUGAACAAGGAGAAGGUCCGCACCAUGUUCGGCCGCGACAAGGUUAAGAACGUCUGGGUCGCUUCGGAUACCAAGGAGCUCGAGGAGAAGGUCAAGGAGCGUGAUAGCGCCGCGAUGAAGCUCGAGGGUGCCGAGACUAAGCUCAUUGUUAUGGCUAACAAGGCCCGCAACAAGGCCCUGAAGAAGCAGGGCUCGGCUGAAAACCCCGAGACUGAAAUUGGUGAUGGCCAGUUCGAUGAUGAGUCUGGCUCUGUCGCUGCUCGCUGGGUCCAGGCCAAGGACCGUCCCACUCACCGUCUCAAGAUGCUGAUCGGCAAGAAGGUUGACACUAUCAACUGGGCUCGUGCCGAAAUUGAGCGUCUCACCCCUGAAAUCGAGGAAUUGCAGGCUAAGCACCGUGCCGGUGAUGUCAAGUUGGUCUCCUCGAUCUUUGUUGAAUUCUACCACCAGGCCGAUGCCCAGGCUUCUUACCAGUCUGUCGCUCACAACCUCCCUCUGCACAUGAGCCCUCGCUAUAUCGGCUUGGACCCUACUCAGGUUAUCUGGGCCAACCUCCGUAUCAAGUGGUGGGAGCGUCUCGGUCGCCAUGCCGCUACCAUUGCUUUUGUCUGUGUUUUGAUCAUCUUCUGGGCCAUCCCAACUGCUGCUGUUGGUGCCAUCUCCAACAUUAACGCUUUGAUCGACAAGGUUCAUUUCUUGAGCUUCAUUAACAGUGUCCCCUCAUGGAUCAAGGGUGUUAUUACCGGUCUUUUGCCCGUUGUCCUAAUGUCUAUUCUCAUUGCUCUAGUUCCUAUCAUUCUUCGCUUGAUGGCCAAGUGGGGUGGUGAUCCCACAGCUGCCUCUGUUGAAUUGACCGUUCAGAACUGGUUCUUCGCUUUCCAGGUUGUGCAGGUCUUCCUGGUGAUUACUCUCGCCUCUGCAGCCACCAGUGUUGUGACUUCCAUCAUCAAAGACCCUUCUUCGGCUGCCUCGCUGCUGGCCAACAAGAUUCCCCUCUCGGCCAACUUCUACAUUUCCUACAUUAUCCUCCAAGGAUUGUCAUUCAGUUCCGGUGCUUUGCUCCAAAUUGUUCCUUUGAUCCUCGGAAAGAUUCUGGGCAAGUUCCUGGACAGCACUCCCCGUAAGAUGUACACUCGUUGGUCGAAUUUGUCUGGUCUUGGAUGGGGUACUGUCUACCCUGCCGUCACCCUGUUGACUGUUGUUGCCAUUACCUACUCUUGCAUUGCCCCAUUGGUCAUGGGCUUUGGUACUAUCGGUCUAUACCUCUUUUACUUCGCCUACCGGUACAACCUCCUGUACGUGUCGAAUGCCAACAUCGACACCCAGGGUAGAUGUUACCCCCGUGGUCUGCAGCAUCUCACCGUUGGCUGCUACCUGCUGAUGGUCUGCCUGAUCGGUCUGUUUGCCAUGGCCUCCGGUUCCAACCAGAUUGCUGUUGCUCCUCUGAUCCUGGAGAUCAUCUUCCUUGUCUUCGUCAUUCUGUACCACAUCUCGAUGAACGGCGCCAUGGAGCCUCUCCUCAACUACCUGCCAAAGAACCUCGAGGCCGAAGAAGAGGCUCUUCUCGCCGCCGAGAAGACCACCUUCAACCCCGAUGAGAAGUCCCAGUCCGACGGCACGAACGUCCCCGCCAGCUCCACCAUCGCUCCCCGCGACAGUGGCGUCGCCGAUGUGAACAACAGUGUCGGCAACGUCGAUUCGGCUGAGAAGGGUCUGACCGAGGCCCCAUCCACCCCUUCCAAGGCCAACAUCUUCACCAAGUUCCUCCGCCCAGACCGGUACAACAGCUACCACGAAAUGCGCAAGUUGGUCCCCACCACGGAGAUUAUGCCCACGUACUCAGCCGAGGCCGAGCGUGAUGCCUACUGCCACCCCUCCAUCACCGCCCAGGCUCCUCUCCUCUGGAUUCCUCGUGACCCCCUCGGCAUCAGCAGCCAGGAAGUCGCCCACACCAUGCGCGUCAUCCCCAUCACGGACGAGGACGCCUGGCUCGACGAGAAGUGCAAGGUCAACUGGAACGUGUCCAAGGGCGAGCCCCCCAUCUAUGAGGAGAAGAUCGCCUACUAA